GUCCAUGACACUAGCUAGGCCUGGGAGCAGAGGGCCAGCUGAGCCAAGCCGGGCCUCUGGGGGGCCUUGGGGCCCGUGAGCACUCAGAAGGAACUUCCUAGGCUCCUGAAGGGACCUGGCCAGCCCUGAAGAUGCCAACCAAUGGCCUGCACCAGGUGCUGAAGAUCCAGUUUGGGCUCCUCAAUGACACUGACCGUUACCUGACAGCAGAGAGCUUUGGGUUCAAGGUCAAUGCCUCAGCACCCAGCCUCAAGAGGAAGCAGAUAUGGUUGCUGGAGCCUGACCCGGGGCUGAGCACGGCAGUGCUGUUCCGCAGCAGCCACCUGGGCCGCUACCUGUCAGCUGAAGAGGACGGACGAGUGGCCUGCGAGGCAGAGCGGCCGGGCCGUGACUGCCGCUUCCUGGUCUUGCCGCAGCCCGAUGGUCGCUGGGUGCUGCAGUCAGAGCCACACGGUCGCUUCUUUGGUGGCACUGAGGACCAGCUGUCCUGCUUUGCCACGGCCAUCUCCCCCGCGGAGCUCUGGACUGUGCACCUGGCCAUCCACCCGCAGGCCCACCUGCUGAGUGUGAGCCGGCGGCGCUAUGUGCAUCUGUGCCCUCAGGACGACGAGAUGGUAGCAGAUGGCGACAUGCCAUGGGGUGUGGAUGCCCUGCUCACCCUCAUCUUCCAGAGCCGGAGGUACUGCCUCAAGUCCUGCGACAGCCGCUACCUACGCAGCGAUGGCCGUCUGGUCUGGGAGCCCGAGGCUCAUGCCUGCUACACCCUUGAGUUCAAGGCAGGCAAGCUGGCCUUCAAAGACUGCGAUGGCCGCUACCUGGCACCUGUGGGGCCUGCUGGCACACUCAAGGCAGGCCGCAACACACGGCCCGGCAAGGAUGAGCUCUUCGACCUGGAGGAGAGUCACCCUCAGGUUGUGUUAGUGGCCGCCAACCAUCGCUACGUCUCCGUGCGGCAAGGGGUCAACGUCUCAGCCAAUCAGGAUGAAGAACUGGACCAUGAGACCUUCCUGAUGCAGAUUGACCAGGAGACAAAGAAAUGUACCUUCUAUUCCAGCACUGGGGGCUACUGGACCCUGGUCACCCAUGGGGGCAUCCAGGCCAUAGCCACACAAAUUUCUGCCAACACCAUGUUUGAGAUGGAAUGGCGAGGCCGGCGGGUAGCACUCAAAGCCAGCAAUGGUCGCUAUGUGUGCAUGAAGAAAAACGGGCAGCUGGCGGCCAUCAGUGAUUUUGUGGGGCUUGGCUCUCUCCAGGACCCUCGCCCGGGCUGGACGGGGACGGUGGCGGAGGGCGGCCCCACAGCGCCCUCUCCCGCAGCGCGGAUGAGGAGUUCAUCCUCAAGCUCAUCAACCGGCCCAUCCUGGUGCUGCGCGGCCUGGACGGCUUCGUCUGCCACCGCCGCGGCUCCAACCAGCUGGACACCAACCGCUCGGCCUACGACGUCUUCCACCUGAGCUUCAGCGACGGCGCCUAUCAGAUCCGAGGCCGCGGCGGCGGGUUCUGGUACACCGGCAGCCACGGCAGCGUGUGCAGCGAUGGCGAGCUGGCCGAGGACUUCCUCUUCGAGUUCCGGGAGCGCGGCCGCCUGGCCAUCCGCGCCCUCAAUGGCAAGUACCUGCGCGGCGGCGCCUCGGGGCUGCUGCGCGCCGACGCCGACCUGCCCGCCGGGAGCGCGCUCUGGGAGUACUGAGGGC